AUGCUUAUUAAGAAGAUCAGCACGGCAAUUCCUAAACAAAUGCCGUACAAAAUAUUGGAAUCUAAUUUUUUAAAAUCUGAUAUAGAUGAUAGAUCUUAUAGAUAUAUUCAACUACCAAAUAAAUUAAGGUGUUUGGUUAUACAAGAUACUACCACAGACAAAUCAGCUGCUUCCAUGGAUGUCCACAUUGGUUCUUUCCAAGACCCUGACGAAUUGCCAGGUCUAGCUCAUUUUUGUGAACAUCUAUUAUUUAUGGGAUCUGAAAAAUUUCCCGAUGAAAAUGAGUACAGCAAAUUUUUAAAUAAACACGGUGGUGAUUCUAAUGCGUAUACUAGCUCUAUGAAUACCAAUUACUAUUUCCAAGUUAACCAUGAUCAUUUAAAAGGUGCUUUGGAUAGAUUUUCCGGAUUUUUUUCAUGCCCAUUGUUUAAUAAUGACAGCACCGCAAAGGAAAUAAACGCAGUUGAUAGUGAAAACAAAAAAAAUUUGCAAAAUGAUACGUGGAGACUAUUUCAACUUGAAAAAACUCUAACAAAUCCUAAACAUCCCUAUCAUAAAUUUUCUACGGGGAAUUUACAAACAUUGGAUAAAAUUCCUGUCCAGAAUGGGAUUGAUGUUAGACAAGAAUUGUUGAAGUUUCACAAUAAAUAUUAUUCUGCUAAUUUAAUGAAAUUAUGUGUCUUGGGUAGAGAAGAUUUGGAUACUUUGAGUGACUGGUGUUACGAGCUUUUCCAAAAUAUUAGUAACAAAGACUUGGAGGUCCCACAUGAUAAUUACGAUUUUGAUUUAUUUAUCCCUGAAUUCUUACAAAAAAUUAUUUACGUUAAACCUGUAAAAGAUUUGAAAAAAUUAGAAAUAAUGUUUAAAGCUCCAGAUGUUGAUCAAUUAUGGGAACUCAAACCACAACAUUAUUUCAGUCAUUUGAUUGGCCACGAGGGCGAAGGUUCGUUAUUGUCAUAUUUAAAGGAAAAAGCUUGGGCACAUAAUUUGAGUUGUGGUGGGCACACUAUUUCUCCAGAUAAUGGGUCUUUGUCUAUACACAUUGAUUUGACUCCAAAAGGUAUUGAAAACUAUGAAAAAGUUGUCGAAGCUUGUUUCCAGUAUAUAGAAAUGAUGAAACACAGUGGUAUCCCUAAAAAAUGGAUUUUUGAAGAGUUACAAGAUAUAGAAUACGCAUCUUUUAAAUUCAAACAAAAAACCAGACCAUCUUCUACUGUAUCACAUUUAUCCAAGUCUUUAGAAAAGGAUAGUUAUAUCCCACCUAACAAGAUAUUGGCCACAAAUUUGUUGGAUAAAUAUGAUGCCGAUGAAAUUGAAAAUUAUUUGUCCUACUUAACCGUAGAAAACUCUAGGAUAGUUUUAAUUUCUCGCCAUGUCAAGACGAAUUUAGUAGAAAAAUGGUACGGCACUCAAUAUGCUGUCGUACCUUAUUCUGACGAUUUCAUCGACACUUUAGAAAAUUUACCCGAAAACCAUAGUUUACAUUUGCCAAGAAAAAACCCUUAUAUCACCACGAAUUUCCAUGUUGAUCCAAUUCCAGAGGGCAUCGAACCUUUAAAGGCACCAUAUCUAUUGCAAUCUAAUGCAGCCACAAAAUUAUGGUUUAAAAAGGAUGAUAGAUUUGGUGUUCCCAGGGGUUAUGUUAUCCAUAUGCUAACGUUGCCCUUCACUUAUUGUACUUUGAAAAACAAUGUGUUGACAUCUCUUUUUUGUAAUUUGGUGAAUGAUCAUCUAAAUUCAACCAUUAUCUACGAUGCCAGCAUUGCUGACCUAACCAUUAAUUUAUCGAAAACUAAUUCUGGGCUAACAAUCACAUUUUAUGGUUAUAACGAAAAGGCUCAAAAAUUAAUUUUGCAAUUUUUGUUAGGUGUUAAAAAUUUUGAGAGUACUUUUGACAGAUUUAAAGUCUUUAAACAAAAAUUAAUCCAAAAUUUUGAGAACUCUUUAUAUAAUGUUCCAUAUCAACAAAUUUCUUCCAUUUGGUCAAAUCUUAUCCACGAACGUAGCUAUUUAAUCAAUGAUAAGUUAAAGGCGCUGGCAGAAAUAGAAUUUGAAGAUUUGAAAUUGUUUGAAAAACUAAUUUUCAAAGAGAUAUUUGUCGAAACAAUUGUGCACGGUAAUUUCAAUGCCUCUGAAUCAAUUGAAAUUAAUUCGCAGAUAUUAGAAGUUCUUGACGGUUCUUCUCUACAAAAAUUGGAAGAAGGGUUACAAAGAUCUAUUGUUAUCAACGAUAAAUAUAGAUUUAUAAAAGGACUGGCUGAUAAGGAAAAUAUUAACUCCUGUAUCCAAUACACUGUUCAGAUUAGUGAAAAUGUUGGCGACGGCAUUUUGAAUGACCUUGAUUUUACUGCUCAAGAGGAAACAGGUGCUCUAAUGGAACUUUUUACACAAAUUAUCCAUGAGCCUUGUUUUAACCAACUACGUACUAUUGAACAGUUGGGUUAUGUUGUUUUCAGUGGGACGCUUUCUCCAACCUCGCCAUAUUACUUCCUAAGGAUUUUAGUUCAAAGUGAAUAUACUUCCAACUAUGUUGAAUCUCGUAUUUAUCAUUUUAUUAAACAUACAAUACAUGAAGUUUUAAAUAAAAUGACAGUUGAGGACUUCGAAGCUAUUAAGAGGGGUGUUAUUGGUACUUUAUCCCAGAAAUUUAAAAAUUUAGGCGAAGAAACAUCAAGAUUUAAUAAUGCAAUUUCAAGUGGCGAUUUGAAUUUUGAGAAAAACGAACGUCGUGCCAGAAUCGUUGCAACCAUCACAUUGGAAAAUAUUAAAGCUUUUUACAACAAUUGUAUUUUGAAAAAUGAUGAAAAAUUAAUUAUUCAUUUGAAAUCUAAAAAAAAUGGUAAAUCAGGAGAACAUUCCAUCAUCCUUGAAGAUUGUGUGAAAAUUCAAGAUGUUCAAGAAUUCAAACUGAAUAUGCCAUUGGGCUCCUUGCCAAAACCAAUUAAAAAGAUUAAAGUAGUUGAACCCAAAUUGUGA